UAAUUUUAUGUUGGAUCAAAACUCACAUUACUAUAUAUUAGUAAUUUGCCUCCAAGAACCAAUGUGCCAGUUGCCAGGACUGCAGAAAUCGUAAUGAAAAUAAAUAACUCAUUGCGAUAUAAAUAACUGAAGUAAAAUACUUAUGCAAUAAAUCAAAAAGAUGUUCCAGUCAUGUAAUGUUUCCUCAUACAUCUUUCCUUACGAUUUUGUUGUCAGCUUUAUUUGGUGCUAUUUGAAUGAUUUCAAAGAAGACGUAGGCAGCUACUCUCCGAUCUUGGCAACGAAGGUCGGAGUUGUGCCCACUUGAACCGAAAGAGGCGAUCAGGUCAGCUUCGAAACAGUAGGCCUUCCUAGGCCUGCCUUCCUUCCUUCCACCAGCUAUCAAGGCCUGUUUAUUUACAAACAGAAGAUACAAAGCCGCAUCUCCAAAUUAGCUACGUAUCAGCAGCCAGGCUGUUAGGGCUCCAGUGCUAUGUGCAUGAUCUGCCCCCUUCUCGCGUCCCGGCUGGGUUCGCUGAGAGAGGCGGGUCCCCGGCUCCUUCGGUGGGACGUCCAGGGCGCUCGCUCGGCGGCAUGGGAAGAAUGGAGUUGCCUUCAUUUCCUCCCCAGUCAUGAGCAAGCCUGGACUGGCACUAAAGCAGCAUUUUCCUCCUUAUUCCAACACUCCACACAACCUCAAGAUGUGUAAAAGCUGCUAUGCUUCCCCCUCAUUACCUUGGUGAUGGAAUCAAGUGACCAGUGGAGAUGUAAUGGAGGAGCGGGCAGACCCUUUUCUGUCUCAAGUCAGCCUCUUCUGCUACCAUUCUGCUAUUUUAUCCCUAGACAGCUACCCACAAUUUGGCAUGUGAAAUGACAAGAAAAGUAUUUGCUGUGUAUUCUUGCCAAGAAACUAUAUGGAAGGGACCUUGUGGUCCCCAAGUUUCAAGCACAACCUGAAGAUCAAUGAUCCUGAUCCAGGACUUUGGAUAGUUGUAUACUCUGUGCCAGCAAGUCUUUCACUGGCUGUCAGCCUUAAUCCAUCAAUCACAGAUAACAUUGUGUGGAAGAGUAUAUCAGAUCUACAUUCAGCUGCUUGUGUUGUGGGUUCUGCUAUGUUGGGAUACUCCUUGGUUACCAGUGCUCAGAAUAACAUCUUGCAUGAGGAAGAAGGCAGGGAGUUAUUUGGUCUGAUGAUUGUUACAGCCUGGAUGAGCCUUUGUCGUAAUUCAGCCAAAAAUUCCCUGAGUGGAUUUCACUUGGUCAUUGCAAUUUUCCUCUCUCUUUCUCCUUUUGUAAUGUGGUUGUACAUCUAUGUGAAUACAGAAAUGCGAGCUUCGUGGCCAUCUCACUGUAAAACCGUUAUUUAAAAUGAUGGAAAGCAGUGUCAUUACUUCAGAGCUUGAUUCUUCACUGAUGCCAAAUUAACAAGAACCACAAAUAAGGUUAUUUACUUCCCACAAAGUCCAGUUUAUCUACACUGCUCCUGAAGACUGAAAAUCCAGAGGUAAUUGAAAGUUGAAUUUUCUGGAUUAUGACCUGUUUUCAACUGCAUUAAUCCUAGCUGGUUCAUGAUUUCCAUUGUAUUAAUUGUGUGCUCUUGAUACAUGCAAGGGGUUGGACUGAAUAAAAUGAAAGUGCUUUUGUGGGAGGUGCCUAAAGUUAGUUUGAGCUUCAUGCUGAAGUUAUAGGACUGAAGCCAGACCACACCAUUAGAAGAACAGUAUGUUGUAUAUAUUUAUGGAAUGUAAAUAAAUAUAUUAGUAAUUUGAUAGGGAUGUAUCCGAUGUCUUUGAAACUCCAUCCAUAAACCAUCCAUAACUUCUCUACAUAGAUCUGCACUAUUCAGAUGAUUAACAUACAAUUCUUAAUCUAUAAAAGAAUGACAUACUCCAUUUAAUAAGUCAUAAAUUAAAAUUUGGAGAAGUGAAUGCUUGAUGUAGUACUAAGCUCAUUUCUCUGUAAAUUAUUGUUCACAGAAGCUGAUUUAACUUAAAGCUUAAGUAUUUUGAAGAGGGCAACCAUAUCUGGGCUACACAUAUCUGGACAACCACUAGAUUGCAACAGACAUAGAAAAACUCUGUUUGCUGCCAUCCAGUAUUCUCUGGGUUUUUGCAGCUCAGAUAUGGUGAUCCAAAUACUGAAAUAUGAUAGCAAGAACUUCCAUUGUUACUACUUGUUGUGUUUUAGUUAAUAAAUCCUUCCAUCUAAUUGGAUGUAGAAGACAUUACCACUCAUUUUUAAUUGAACAGGGUGUGUAAGGAGUUAGACACUGUCUCAUUCUCCAUUCAUCCUUUGGCAGGAGGUUAUUUAUUUCUGAUAUUCAUACUUCAGUAUUGUUUGAAUUCUAUCUAGAGGAAAAACUAUGAAGAAUUACCACUAGAACUCUCAGCCAGGAAUUUAUUCUUCAGUGAAAGUGGUGGUAUUUCAAAGGGACCAAAAGGGAGAAGCACAAUGGUAGGGAGUGUUUUAAACAGAAUGUUAUUUUAUUCCAAGAUUACAGAUGUCAAUCCAAUGUAUUAUUUUCCCAGGCUUCAUAUCAGCAAACAGAGCUUCCAUUCAAUUUUCAUGUCAGACAAAGUUGAAAGUGUAAUUAUCCAAAUAGGAAACACAUAAGAAUGAACUUUUGGCAAAUAGUUAUUACAAUAUAGUAUGAAAUAAAUUCAAUUUACCAGGACUAUUUUUUUUGUUGUUUAAAAAUUCAUAUGACACCUUUUGUAACUUUCUUAAU